GUCGGAGCAAGACUGGCCAAAUUGGUCUUCGUCUUCGUGGAAGGACCAGGAGCAAGCGGUGGAUGGCGGCCACUGGUCGGAGGGGGACUGGACAAGGCAGGGCCAGGAGGCGGAGGCAUGGCAGGGCCAGGAGGCGGAUACGAAGCAAAAGAAGCCCGGCACCGGGACAAGGAACGACUGGUCUCACAAGAAACGCCAGCUCGACUUCUUGCACGGCAAGGAUAUGAAUGCCCUGAAGCUGCAGUAUGAAAAGCAGAUGACAGAGAUGCAGCAGAGGCAUGAUGACGCUCUGCAGCAGAAGCAGCAGGACCUCGACACGAUCGACACGGCCUUCAAGGAGUAUGCAUACAAUUAUGCAAAGACUCAGUGUCAGCUUGACAUGCUGCUGGAUCGCGAGACAAAGCACCAGGACGAGAUCGCGGAGCUCGAGACUCAGGUGAACGAUGCCUAUGAAGAGCUCAGGACGAAGAACGCCGAGCACGAGAGCUUCAAGAAACACUUUGAGAAAUAA